AUGAGAGAAGAUAUCUAAAUACAUUCGGUAGACUAUCCUGAAUACAUAUGUGUGAUAUGCCUUCAAAUUUUCUAUAAGCCAAUUAUAACUUAGUGUGGGUAUAAGAUUAUUUUUAAUAUAGACAUAAUUUUUGUGGAAAAUGCAUCAGUGAAUGGAUGAUGAAAAAAAAACAAUGCCCUUAUUGCAGAAAGGAGUACCAAAACUACAACUUUUACUAAAAGGAUGAAGUUAUGACUUAAAAAGUAGAAAAAUUAGACGUUUCUUGUUUGAAAUGCAAUAAAUGGUUUGGAAAAUUCAAAGAUUUAAAAAAACAUCGCCAAUAUCAAUGCACAUUACUGAAGCCAUAAAACUAAUUGCAUGAAACCGUAAUUAUCCAAGACGAUCCUGAAGACCCCAUUUAAACCAUUUUCCAAGAAAUUAUUACUAUUAAAAAGUAAUAGAAUUAUAAUUAACUCUUGAACAUUGAAAAUGAGUAUAUAGAAUUACUUAAAGUUGAUCCAAAAGAUUAUAUGAUAAGAAAAAAAAGAAAGAAUGAGUUUAAUGACAAUUAAAUACAAGAAGAACCUGAUGUUUAAGAGUUAGAGCAAGAAGAAAUUAAAAUUUUCAAACACUCAUAAAAAUACAUAGUAAAGCAAUUUAAGAAAAGGUUUGAAUUUCAAAAUAAAUUUCUUAAAGACCUCACCGAAGGCUAAUAUAGAAUAGAAACAAAAUAAUUUUUUUAUUCAAUUAUUGGCUAUAGGAAUUAUUUAGUGUCUCACCACUAAUUCUAGUUGAUUUGA